AUGCUACCCUCGGCGGUGUUUUGGGGACUUGUUGCCCUCAUUGGCACUUCCAGGGGCUCAUACCCAUUAACACAUUCCAUGAACCCUCAUCUGCAUCCCCGACUUUACCAUGGCUGCUAUGGAGACAUCAUGACUAUGGAAACCUUUGGGGCCCCCUGUGACAUAAACAACCUGAUGAACUGUGGGAUCCACGGUUCGGAAAUGUUUGCCGAGAUGGACUUGAAAGCCAUCAAGUCUUACCGUAUCCUCAUCAAAGAAGUGGGGCAGAGAUACUGCAUCGACCCCGCUAUCAUUGCAGCCAUCAUCUCCAGAGAAAGCCAUGGAGGAGUUGUUCUGCAAAAUGGCUGGGACCAUAAGGGACAGAAAUUUGGCUUGAUGCAGCUUGAUAAGACACACCAUCCUAUUGGUUCCUGGGACAGCAAAGAACACCUUCUACAGUCUGUUGGGAUUCUAGCAGAAAAAAUUAAGGCAAUCCAGAGAAAAUUUCCCACAUGGAAUGCGGCUCAGCACCUCAGAGGUGGUCUGGUUGCUUUUAAGUCAGGAUUGGAAACCAUUGUCACUCCUGCAGACAUAGAAGCUGACUUAGUCGAUGACAUUAUUGCCCGAGCUAAAUUCUAUAAAAGACAUGGCUUCUAGACAGAGGUACAUUGAUGAGGAACUCAACUGGCCCCUCUUUCAAAGUUUAAUAUUAGCCCAUUGCACUCAAUAGGAACAAAGACAUGGUUAAAAUUAUGAAAGUUUGUCUCCAAACUUUUUAAUAAAAGCAUGCAAAAGGAAGGAAGGAAAGAAAGAAGGAAGAGAG